CUCAACCAGGAAGUGAUGUGAUGUCAACAGAUACAUGGAGCUGUCGACAUGGAACUUCCCGUCUUUUUUAUUUAAAAACGUUGCUUUUAGGUCUAAAUGCACCUGUUUGAGAAUGAGAGGCGUUAACCAUAAGGUUUUGUUGCUGUCCUUUUUGCUGUUAUGUGUAAAUCCGUGUGUGCCAGAGCGAGCUGAGAGGGAGAACUCGUUGGACCUGCGUGAUGGAGAGGACCAAGUGGAUGUGAAUCAUAAGGCUAUUCCAGUUAAAAGCCAGCAAACAAUAAAACAUGAUGGAGAAGAUGGAAACGAUUCAAUCGACACACGAAAGAAGGGGCAGUCUCUCAGCAAGUCCAAUGACACUGAUAACAGCAACGAAACCCUCCACUCUACAACACAUGCUGCCAAGCCAACGCCCCCGGCUCCCCCAACCGCCAAGCCCAUUCUUCCUGUCCAGACAGGGGUCAAGGCCCAAGAAGAAGAGCAGUCCAGCGGGUUGACCAUUUUUUUCAGCCUAUUGGUUAUUGGUAUCUGCAUCAUAUUGGUGCACCUGCUUAUCAAGUUCAAACUGCAUUUUCUUCCAGAAAGUGUGGCUGUUGUCUCCCUCGGAAUUCUAAUGGGAGGUUUUAUUAAGAUUAUUGAGUUCCAGGAACUGGCCAACUGGAAGGAGGAAGAAAUGUUCCGACCCAACAUGUUCUUCCUUUUGCUUCUUCCGCCCAUCAUCUUUGAAUCCGGAUACUCUUUACAUAAGGGUAACUUCUUCCAGAACAUUGGCUCCAUUACUCUCUUUGCUGUGAUCGGCACAGCUAUCUCUGCCUUCAUAGUCGGCGGAGGGAUCUAUUUCCUCGGGCAGGCUGAUGUGAUCUAUAAGAUGUCAAUGACUGAUAGCUUUGCCUUUGGCUCACUGAUCUCAGCUGUGGAUCCCGUGGCUACCAUCGCCAUCUUUAACGCCCUAAAUGUAGACCCGGUCCUCCAAAUGCUGGUGUUUGGUGAGAGCAUCCUCAAUGACGCCGUCUCCAUUGUCCUCACAAACACGGCGGAGGGCUUUACCCGCUCAGACAACUCCACAGUAACAGGCUGGGAGACUUUCUUACAAGCGUUGGGUUAUUUCCUUAAAAUGUUCUUUGGUUCUGCUGCUCUGGGAACCCUCACUGGACUCAUCUCGGCUAUUUUUUUAAAACACUUCGAUCUGAGGAAGACUCCUUCGCUGGAGUUUGGUAUGAUGAUAAUCUUUGCGUACCUUCCCUAUGGACUGGCAGAAGGCAUCAAACUGUCUGGAAUAAUGUCCAUCCUGUUUGCGGGAAUCGUGAUGUCUCACUACACCCAUCACAACUUGUCUCCUGUCACCCAGAUCCUCAUGCAGCAGACACUGCGCACAAUGGCCUUCAUGUGUGAAACAUGUGUGUUUGCCUUCCUGGGUCUCUCCAUCUUCAGCUUCCCUCAUAAAUUUGAAAUAUCCUUCGUCAUCUGGUGCAUAGUCCUGGUUCUUUUAGGCCGAGCAAUAAACAUCUUCCCUCUGUCCUUCCUGCUCAACUUCUUCAGAGAUCACAAGAUCACUCCCAAAAUGAUGUUCAUCAUGUGGUUCAGUGGUUUGCGAGGUGCUAUCCCUUAUGCCUUGAGCCUCCAUCUGGGCCUGGAGCCAAUUGAGAAACGGCAGCUUAUUGGCACCACCACCAUCAUCAUCGUUCUCUUCACCAUCCUCCUCAUGGGGGGCGGGACCAUGCCACUCAUUCGCCUCAUGGACAUUGAGGAAAGCCAGUCGCGGCGUAAGAACAAGAAAGACAUUAAUCUCAGCAAGACGAAGAAGAUGGGUAAUACCAUUGAAUCAGAGCACCUAUCUGAAUUGACAGAGGAGGAGUAUGAGGCACACAUCUACCAGAGACAAGAUCUGAAGGGCUUUAUGUGGCUUGAUGCUAAAUACCUUAACCCCUUCUUCACUCGAAGGCUCACUCAAGAGGACCUGUUACAUGGCCGAAUCCAGAUGAAGACACUGACCAACAAGUGGUACGAAGAAGUUCGCCAGGGACCCUCAGGAUCUGAGGAUGAUGAUGACGAAGCUGAACUUCUGUGAACGGAACAAACAUUUUCCGUAUGCUGCACGUCUUUAGUGCGCAGUGGUUUUGGAAUGUGUCAAAUUCCAGUGGGGUUCCUAUAAAACUGGAAUCGUAAAUUGUAACACUGGAAGCAAAAAAAAGACUUAUCUGUGAAAUGAUGUUUCUCCUAUAAAUGCCAUAUUGUUAUUUGCUAAACCAACACAGGAAGUUUGGUUGAUUUCUUUCCCAGAUGCUUCUUUACAACGCUAAGGUCUGAAAGUAAUAUUGGAGGAAAGCCAAGAGGGAAUUUCUCUAUGUAAAGCAAUACUGAAGCACCUUUUCGCUUUGUUUUGUUCUCCACUUUUGUAUUGCUCUGAUCAAAACAGAUCAGGUUUGCAGGAAGUGUAACUGUGUGUCAGCAGAAGGAUGCAUCAUAAUGUUGCUACAGGCUCCAUUUUAAAAGUAUGAUUUGGAAUAGGCCACAGGUUGCAGCUUUGAAUGGCUUCCUAUUGAACUUGAUUUAAUUCUCUCCGGCUUUCUACAUUUGUAUGCAUUAAUGAAUCUGACUGAGCCCAUACAUACGCAUAUAAUGACGAAUACAAAAAAAAGAAGCAGCAGUGAAGCUGAGCUACCACUACAGCCUCCAGUAACACAGCAAAUUAAGAGAAAUACAGGAGGGAGUUAAAACUAAUGAAAAUAAUCAUUUUAAAAACAUUAAAUACCUCGUUUACGGGACAAUAAUUAUGCUCAAGGAUUUUGCUUUCAUUUGAAAUUUUGGAUACAGUUUGCCUUCCCUAAAUCAGGUUUUCUGUGCUUUUUUCAGUCUCUUCUGUGGCUCUUUCCACAAAAUGUGUAUGUUAUGAAAUGCUGCUUUUGUGAUUGUUCACUAUGGCUUCCUAAUGGAUGUGUGGGUAACUGGGAAUAAUAGCUUGUGAAUGUGAAUUAUUUUAUAUUUAUUUAUCAGAUAUUUAUGUGUUGUUUGUGGGCCAAAAACCUUUUUACUAGCUCUAUGAGCACUGCAGAAUUAAUAAGAAAACAUAUUAAAUAAAAACAUAUCCUUAA